AUGUAUUUUGUCUACGCGGUACACAAAGCUUCGAGUGUAUUACAAGGACCCACGAAAUGCAUGGGUGCCUUGAGUCCUCUUGAUCCGUCAUCUUAUUCACGGCCCGAGCUGGCGAUUAUAAGACAUAUAUCUCUAUCGUUAAGUGUUGAUUUCGACAAUCAAGUACUGAACGGUGAAGCAACGUUAAAUUUGGAUGUACUGGCAGACAUUGCAGAUUUGCCAUUAGAUAUCAGUAAUCUUAAAAUACAUUCGAUAGACACUGAAGCAGGGACACAAUUACAGUACAAAUUGGGUGAACAUGUUCCAAACUAUGGCGCGAAUCUGAUAGUGUCUUUGCCUAAGCAAUUCACUCGGGGCGAAAAGCUCAAAAUAAGGAUAAAGUACACAACAGACCCAACAGCGUCAGCUUUGACAUGGCUGAAGGCGCCUCAAACCUUAGACAAGAAAUAUCCUUAUGUAUUUAGUCAGUCUUCACCAAUUCAUGCUCGUUCUAUCUUGCCAUGCCAAGACACUCCUGCUGUCAAGUUCACAUACGACGCAGAGGUGACAGCACCUGACGGGUUUACGGUACUCAUGAGCGCUCUAAGAGGUGAAGUAAGCCACAACAAGACAAAGUUCAAUCAACCAGUACCUAUACCAUCUAAUUUGUUUGCCAUUACUGUGGGCGCUCUGGAUCAUAGGCCGCUAGGCCCAAGAUCAAACGUAUGGUCGGAAAAUGGUGACGUAGUCCGUAGUGCAAUUGAGUUUGAGGAUACUGAGAAAUUUCUUCGAGCUGCUGAAAAGAUAUGUGGACCUUACAACUGGACGCAGUACGACCUUCUUGUUUUACCUCCGUCGUUUCCGCACGGUGCUAUGGAGAACCCUUGUCUCACUUUCGUGAGCCCUACUAUUGUGGUAGGGGACAAAAGCCUAGCAAGCGUUAUUAUCCACGAAAUAAUGCACAGCUGGACUGGGAACUCGUUGACUAUCAAGAAUUUCGAACACUUCUGGCUCAAGGAGGGCUUCACAGUGUUCUUAGAGAGAAAGGUCACCGCGUCUCUCAUUGAGGAUCCAGUUGAAGCUAAACGCAAGCGUGACUUCCGCAGCCUUUUAGGUCUUGAACAGUUAAUAGAAGGAGUGGAAACAUUGGGUGCGACGAAUCCUUUGACUAAACUAGUUUUAAAUCUUGAUGGUGUACAUCCUGAUGAAGCCUUUUCUAUCAUCCCGUAUGAGAAGGGAUCACUCUUCUUACGAUACUUGGAAGAUUUGUUUGGCGGGCCCGAGGUUUUCGACGGAUAUAUUCGUUCUUAUGUGAACAAAUUUAGCUCGAAGUCCUUCGGUACGGAAGAGUUUAAGGCUCAUUUCCUACAUUAUUUCAAAGACAGUGACAAAUUGAACCAGAUCGACUGGGAUGCUUGGUUGCACGGUUGCGGAAUGCCGCCGGUCAUUCCUGACUACGACAAAACAAUGACAGAAGAAGUGACAGCCCUCGUCGGCCGUAUAGUUAAUAUAAACGUAACAUUGUCUUAUAACGAUGUGGAGAAAUUGGAUGUGCACCAAAUGAUACAUUUGCUUCAGCAACUCGUUGUGAAUGCUCAGCUGUCCUUGGAUAGACUGAAUAGUCUUGGUAAAGAGUAUAGGAUAAUCGACAGCAAAAACAGUGAGAUUUUGUAUAGGUGGUUAAGGUUGAAUGUCAUAUCUAGAAAUGACAGCAUACUUGAUGAAGUGUUUAGUUUCCUGAACAGCUUGGGGCGAUUAAAGUAUGUGCGUCCUUUAUACAGAGAACUUUAUUCCUGGGAAGAUGUUAGGGCUCGGGCCAUUGAAAAUUUCUUAGAAAAUGAAAAAUACAUGAGCCAUUUAACAGCUUAUAACUUAAGGAGAGAUCUGCAUCUCAGUGACUAA